AGUACGGAGAGUAUAGUCUCGUGGGUUAGUGGCGUUAGUGCAGCAGCGUGGAGCGUAGAGCUCCUAUAUGGGGGAGAAGUACUUCUGUAGAAAUUAUGAUGAGCAUUAUGAGUAACGCCCGUGUAUGCAUGCAAGAAGUGGAUUGAGUGCGUAUGAAGUGAUUGAAAAAGUGUAGUAUUUAUUUUUAAUAUCAACAUUUGGUGGAUUAUUAUUUAUACAAGAGUGAAGUGUUUGAGAAGGUUUGAUAAAUAAGAAGUGAGAAUUUUGGAGGGACGCGAGGGCGCUAGCGCUCUUCGACACAAGUGAGCGAUCGCAAUGUGGCUCAUCAUAUUAGGAUUUUUGAUCGCCUCUGGCCAUGGCCAGAUGCAGCAGCAGCAGCAGGAUAAUGCGGAUGGUACCACCAGGUUACCAUGGAAUCGCUUCGAAGAAAGAGAGUCUGGAAAUACGAAUUACGGAUUUCGAAAUACCGGCAACCAAAAUGACAAUAUUAUCCUCAAAGAAGCUACGUACUUUGUGGUGGCUUCGAGGAUGGUACGACCCGAUCAAGUAUACCGUGUAGCGGUAAACAUACUGCAAGGAAAACUACCGAUAACGGUGAGAGCUACGAUCCAACGUAAUGGGGUUGAAAUAGCGGCGGAUCAUCAAGAGGUGAAAGUGGGAAUUCCGGAAACUUUGAUGCUACGAAUGCCGGCAACGUCGACGAGGGGUGUUUACAAGCUUCGGGUAGAGGGUCUGUACAACAGUUUAACAGGCGGGCAAGCAUUCGUAAACGAGACGACACUGACAUUUUCACAACGCUCGAUGACGAUAUUCAUACAAAUGGACAAACCGGUUUAUAAGCAAGAGCAGACGGUGCGAUUCCGUGCGAUACCGAUAAACACCGAGCUCAAACCGUUCAACAAUCCGAUUGACGUUUAUAUGCUUGAUCCGAAUAGACAUAUAAUGCGUCGUUGGUUAUCACGACAGAGUAAUUUGGGUAUGGUUACGUUGUCUUAUCAGCUUUCUGAUCAGCCAGUUUUCGGUAAAUGGAUAAUACAAGUAAUCGCCCAGGGACAAGUUGAAGAAAAGAGUUUCCUCGUGGAGGAAUAUUAUCAGACGCGUUUCGAAGUAAACGUCACGAUGCCCGCUUUCUUUUUCGAUACCGAUCCGUACAUACACGGUAUAGUGCAAGCGAAUUACACAUCGGGAGCUCCGGUCCACGGGAAUUUGACCCUAAAAGCAAGCUUCCAUUCGCUCGGUUAUAGAUCGGGGGGCAAUUCCGAAGUGACGAGACACGACAGUUACUUCAAUUUCAACGAGUAUUAUCCGUCCUGGUUCAAGCUUUCCAACGAGUGGGACGGAAAGCCAGUUUUACGUUUCUUCAACGGAACGUACAGAUUUCAAUAUCCUAUGCAGGCAUUGUUGCAAUCUUCGGCGAGCAUCGACGGCAUCCAAGUUCGAGUUACGGCGACGGUGGGCGAGCAUUUUCUCGAAGAAGUGAUAGUCGGUUACUCAACGGCGAGGAUCUACAACUCGACGAUAAAGCUUCACUUUUUCGGUGGUUCGCCACAAGUUUUCAAGCCAGCGAUGGCCUUUGGGCUGAAUCUCGUUGCAUCGUUUCACGACGGUUCGACAUUGAGAGAAUCACAAUUGCGCGACGCUCAGAUGGAAGUCCGUGCCGACAUCGAGAUGCGGACAGGAGGCAGGAGAAACUUGGACACGCAAUAUUUGAGAGCCAGCGAGGAAAACAGCGCCAUAUGGUCGAUGAAAGUUGAUCUCAGAAAGCAGCUCGGUCUUGAAGACAAUCCUCAGAAAGCUCAACAGAUAUUGAAUGACAUUGCUUCGAUGAAAGUUUACGCUCUUCUGACAGACGGCGAAGGUCACCGCAGUCAAGCUGAAUUGUUGAUGCUCGCUCACGAAUCACCCGAGCACAAACACAUCAAAGUCUCGACAUCGACGAAACAUCCCUCCGUCGGUGAAUAUCUCAUUCUCCAUGUACAGACAAAUUUUUACAUAGACACCUUCAACUAUCUCGUAAUGUCAAAGGGUACGGUGGUCCUGUGCGGACAAGACACAAUGCAGCACAAUGUUAGGACUCUAUCGAUACCGUUGAGCCCGGAAAUGGCGCCGGUAGCUACCGCGGUCGUUUACCAUGUUGGCCACAAGGGCGAAGUUAUUGCGGAUUCUUUAACCAUUCCCGUAAACGGAAUAUCUCGUAACAAUUUUACGGUAUUUAUUAACAAUAAAAAGGCGAGAACAGGUGAGAAAGUCGAAGUUGCGAUUUACGGUGAGCCGGGCGCUUACGUCGCGUUGUCCGGCGUGGAUCGGGCGUUUUACAGUAUGCAAGCGGGCAACGAGAUGUCUUAUUCCAACGUUAUUGCGAAAAUGGCAUACUUCGAGGAGGAAACGAACGGGACUCAUUCGCACUCUUGGCUAUAUCACGACGGAAGUCCCGACGAAAUAGUUUAUUUUCCAUCCUCCACCUAUGGGAUAGACGUAAAUAGAACUUUCGAGUACAUAGGUUUGGUAGUUUUCACCGAUGCUUCGAUGCAUCGAAAGCCCGAUCAUUGUAACCGGACCCAGGGUUACGGCGAGUGUCUUUCCGGGCGGUGUUACAGAUUGGAGAAAAAAUGCGACGGUGUUUUCGACUGCGAGGACGGAACCGACGAAGCCCGAUGCAACUUCGGGAACGCCACCGAUUUGGCUCAUUUUCGAAAGCAUCGUUUCAAUCGUAUACAACGACUUUACGAUAAUGUCUGGCUGUGGAAAGACAUCAAUAUUGGCCCCCACGGACGACAAAUUUUUACAAUCGACGUACCGAGGCGGCCAGCUCAUUGGAUGAUCACCGCUUACAGUAUGAGCCCAACAAUGGGUUACGGAAUGUUGCCACGAGCCCUUGAAUACACCGCUGUAUUACCUUUCUUCAUAGACGUUGAGAUGCCAACGCACAGUCGUCAAGGUGAACAGAUUGGUAUAAGAGUUUCGGUUUUCAAUUAUCAACGUUACAACAUCGAAGCUACUGUUAUUCUCAAGGGCUCUCCGGACUACAAGUUCGUUCACGUCGAAAACGACGGUAUUGUACAAUCGUAUAAUCCCCGAACAUCUUUCGGCGAACAUCAGUUUUUCAUUUGGAUUCCCGCCCAAGAUGCCUCGAUCGUUUAUCUCCCUAUCGUUCCCACGAGACUGGGAGAGAUUAAAGUUACGGUUCACGCUACAACGGUCAUAGGUAGCGACAAGGUUGUCAGAAAGUUGCUCGUCGAAGCUGACGGUCUACCUCAAUACAGGCAUCAAUCGAUUCUCCUUGAUCUCAGUAACAAAGGAUACUUGUUCCAGUUCAUGCAUGUUAACAUUACCGAAACGCCGGUAAUACCGUACACCGAGGAGCGUUACUACGUUUACGGUUCAAACAAGGCGACGAUAAGCAUCGUGGGCGACGUUGUCGGACCAAUAUUCCCUACGAUGCCUGUCAACGCGACCAGUCUCAUGAAUCUUCCGAUGGACUGCGCAGAACAAAAUAUGUUUAGUUUCGCUGCGAACAUGUACACAACGCUGUACAUGCGUCUCAUCAAUCAGCGCAACAGAACUCAAGAAAAGGAGAGUUUUUAUCACAUGAACACUGGCUAUCAGCGCCAGUUGUCUUUCAUGAAACAAGACGGAUCCUUUGGAUUUUUCCGCAGCGAUUGGAAUCAAUCGGCUUCCUCCGUGUGGUUGACAGCAUUUUGCGCUAGAGUAUUUCAAGAAGCAAGCUUUUACGAGUGGGAAAAUUAUAUCUACAUCGAUCCUGAAGUUAUAAGCAGAGCGGUUAGCUGGAUAUUGCAGCAUCAGACUCCGGAAGGAAGUUUUUAUGAGACUACUUGGUUGCCCGAUCGCAAAGUCAAUUAUACUCUUUAUAACGAGCACGACUUAAUUCGUCAUCGUAAUAUUAGCUUGACCGCUCACGUCCUCAUUACUCUCGAGACCGUGAAAGAUUUGGCCCACGGUCUAGGCUCUCAGGUGGCUUUGAGCUCUGCAAAAGCGGUCAAAUGGCUUGAGAUCAAUUUGAAGCCUCUGCAACAACGAGGAACUCCCUUCGAAGUUGCCAUUGUUGCUUACGCUCUUUUAUUAGCCAAAUCAUCUUCUGCCGAACAAGCCUUCAAUAUUUUAUCAUUCCACCGUCGACAAACUGGCGAUUUAAUUUAUUGGGGACGAGAAGCUCUUCCUUUACCUCCUUACAAACUUGAAAACAACAAACCUUUCCUCUUGCCAAGAUUACCGUACACGUACGACUCGGAAAAUAUUGAAACAACCGCUUAUGCUCUCCUUGUACACGUUGCUCGACAAGAAGUUCGGAUUGAGCCCAUUGUCAAGUGGCUCAACUCGCAGAGAUUGACCGACGGUGGCUGGGCUUCCACCCAGGAUAGUGUUUGGGCUUUGAAAGCGCUCAUGGAAUACACCGUCAGAUCGAGAAUCAGGGAUGUCAGCUCAUUAUCAGUAACCAUUGAGGCUACUGCUCUCAAAGGACCCUCGAGAAGGCUGGAGGUUACCGACAAAAAUAUCGCCAAGCUACAAAGUAUCGAGAUUCCUGAAGCCUGGGGAACCGUUAAAGUCGAAGCAAGAGGAGCGGGUUACGCAAUAUUACAAAUGAAUGUUCAGUACAACGUAGACAAACCGAAAUUCCAGACGCCGCCCCCUGUGAAAGCAUUCGAUCUUUUCAUCCGACCCAAUUUCUACGGCAGAAAUCAGUCUCACAUUAACUACCUUAGCUGUCAACGCUGGACAAACGUGAACGAAUCGUCGCGCUCGGGUAUGGCCGUACUUGACGUUACGAUACCAACCGGUUACAUAAUUCAACAACAAGUUCUUGAUGAAUACAUACGUUCACGUCAAGUGAGAAAUCUUCAACGUGCGCGUUUCCAAACUCGCAAAGUUCUCUUUUACUUCGAUUACCUCGAUCAGGAGGAGACUUGCGUUAACUUUACUAUAGAGAGAUGGCUUCCCGUGGCCAAUAUGUCGAGAUAUCUUCCCGUCCGUGUCUACGAUUAUUAUGCACCGGAGCGAUUCAACGAGACCAUCUUCGAUUCGUUAUCGACGUACAUCCUAAACAUAUGCGAAGUGUGCGGAAGCUCGCAGUGCCCGUACUGUCACAUUUACAACGCUGCUUCAUUUAUCGGAUCGUCUGCUAAACUGAUACUUCUGAUACCGAUUUUUAUCGCUGUAGUAUUUACUUUCGGAACUCGAGAAUUGAACAUACGUUAAGAAAAAUAAUGUAAAUACGUUGUGCGACCGCUUACAAAACGGAAAAUGGACAAUAUGGACAAAAUUUUUCAAGCAUUGAAAGCUGAAAAUUCGACGUAGAUAAAAGUUGCGAAUUGCGUCGAAAGUAGCACACGAAGUGUGCUCAAACGACAUAUUUAUAAGUCAUCGUGGUCUUUCACAAGAAAAUUGUUAUAUAAAUUCUCACCACUAUAAACCGAAUUUCUAUUCUUGAUCGAAGUAACCGCAUAUCAAUCUACAAAUCAAAUAGUACAACUGGCGGCAGCAUCACUCGUUUCCUUUCUAGUACAUAUAUAUAUAUUUAAUAAUGUUCGCGAAUGAGUAUUGAGUAAAACUACUGACAAACUAAAAAUGUAGUUUGUUAAAUCGUUGACUGCCACACGAAACCGUCCACAUAUGUUUUCGAAGUAGAGAUCGUCGUCUGACCCGUUCGAGUCUGAUCGCACACUUGACGCAUUAAAAGAAUGUUUUAUACGAAUAUAUAGAUCUGAUAUAUAUGCACACUCGACUGCAUUGUCGCUGUACAAUAAUUUUUAUCGAUGAGUGGCAAUCUGUACAUAGUUAGAGUGCUAUAAUGCCGAGAUAGGAAUAUACGAAAAUACGUCGGCACGCGUUGUUUUUUUUACAAUUUGAAUACGAGCAAAAGUCAUUAUAACUCUAGCAAGACAAUACCGUUCAUUUCUUUAGAUUAUAUUGGUUUUCAUCGAGGAAAAAAUGUAACUUGCGUAUGCCGACGCAGCGCGAACUAUCGUCACCGUCUGAUAUAUACAUAGGAUUUAUGAUAUAUACAAAUAAUUAAAAAUAUAUUAACUUGAGAAGCAUGUCUUGCAACUAUCCGUCCAAUUUUUUCGACGCAAAUAUCUAUUUUUCUCGUGUUAAAAAAGCGGCGAAAAAAUCCAUAAGCAAAACUGUUUAUCCUGAGUUAUUUUUUGGUAUUUUGAUUAUAUAGGAAAUCUCUGAUCCGCCAAAGACGUGCGAGCAUAUAAAGCAUUUAUGCGGUGACAUGAUUUUAUCGGUCAUUGGUAACUAUAGUUGCGAUUCUCUCUUUUUACGAGAAAUAUGAUUAAAAGGUGUCGCAGUUUUGAUUGUUGCUCGCCACCAUUUUUUUUUUUACUUGAAGUGAAGAAUAAAAUUUACAUGCAAUAUUCUUUAUAUAUAUAUAUGCAUACUGCAUAUAUUUACGAAUCCCAGUAUAUGGGAAAAAUAUUAUUUUUCAAUUUGUAUUAUUGCGAAAAAAUUGUCUUAACGUUUUAACUUCAUAAAUCCCCACACCACAAUAAAUCGGACGGUAUAAAAAAUGUUACCACUAAUUGUUUACUCAAAACAAAUGUUAUUGCUGAAUUUGUUGCAUAAGGAAAAUAUGAAGUACAAUCAUGAAUUCCGUCCAUGAAAAUUUGUCAUUAUCUUAUAUGAAAACAUAUGAAAUCUGUUUUAUCAUUUUUUUUUGUUUAUUCACCUCUAUAGGUAUAUAUACUAUGCAGAAUUAUGUACCUCCAGGUUUUUGUACCAUAUGCCAGGAGUAUCCUGCCUCGGCCUGUACGUCCCGCACAAUAAUAUGAAUAUGAAGAUUCAUUGUUCAGAUUUUCAGAAUUAGUUAUUACUCUCAUUAACUGAUUUAAGUAGUUUGAAAAGAAAUGCUGGUUAUGUAAUUAUUAACUUUUUUGUAAAACUUUUUAUAAAUAAAUCGUCGAUAAGUUUAAAUCAA